UCAUUCAAUCCUAAACAACGUUCCUGUUUUUGCCUUUUAUGAGAUUGUACCAAUUCUUUGUCUAUCUAAAACUUUCUUUUGCCUUUGUAAUUUUCAGUCAGUCGUACAAUUAGAUCUACACUGGACAAUGGCAAGACCUGGUACCAGGAUCAUACAAGCCAAGCUGGUGCUUGUAGGAGACAUGGGAACAGGCAAAACCAGCUUGGUACUAAGAUUUGUGAAAGGCCAGUUUUUCCAUCACCAGGAAGCAACGAUAGGAGCAGCCUUUUUCACUCAGAUAUUAUCAGUAAGUGAAGCCACUGUAAAGUUUGACAUUUGGGAUACAGCGGGACAAGAAAGAUACCAUAGUUUAGCUCCCAUGUAUUAUCGAGGUGCUGCUGCUGCCAUUGUUGUUUAUGAUAUCUCAACCAUGGACACCUUUGCACGAGCAAAGAAAUGGGUUCAGGAACUGCAAAAACAAGGAAAUCCAAAGUUAGUGAUGGCUCUGGUGGGAAACAAAUCAGACUUGGACUCAAAAAGAGAGGUUCAAGUUGAGGAAGGAGAAGAAUUUGCUCAAGAAAAUGGUAUGCUUUUCAUGGAAACAUCAGCAAAAACUGCAGAGAAUGUGAAUGAGCUCUUCUAUGAAAUAGCUAAGAAGUUGGCAACAGCUUCCCCUCCCAACCCAUCAGGGGUAACUCUAAACCAUGAGGAAACACAGGAAAGAAGAGGAAAGCUAUUUUGUUGCAUAGGUUGAAACUGAUACCAUCUCCGCACCCAUAUCCCUUUCAACACUUGUGUACUCUCUCUGUUUGUCAUUUGCAGAUAGCUGAUUGUGUAAAUUACUUCAAUAAUUAUGAAUAAUAUGCUUACAAGCUAUCAAAAUUGUUGUUAAUGACUAAAUACCGGAACCAAGAAAUACUGUUUCAUAGUUGGUACCGAUGCUUAUGAAGUUUUAUUACUAGUUCUAUAAA